CAACUGCCGUUGGUCAGUCGUGGCCCCCGGCUGUGUCCCGGGACUAGGACGUGGACCCAGGAGCUCUCAGAGCAUUCGAGCCUUUGUCAGCCCCUCCCAGUGAUGGAGGCGGGCUGUUAGUUUCUCCAGCAGCCGCAGAGCGACCAGGGUGGCCCAUGGAUGUGCCAGAGAGCAGGGCGGGUGGCCCCACUGCGAAAAUGUACCUUUGGGACCAGCUGGAGGAGGGGAGUCUGGGGACGCUGCUGAGCUUGGAGGAGCAAAUACUCAACUCUACAUUCGAAGCUUGUGACACCCAAAGGACAGGCAUUGUGGCUGUGACCCAUGUACUAGCCUAUCUGGAGGCUGUGACAGGACAGGACCCCCAGGAUGCACGCCUCCAAACACUGGCCUGCAACCUGGACCCCAAUGGGGAGGGCCCUCAGGCCACUGUGGACUUGGACACCUUCCUGGCCGUCAUGCGGGACUGGAUCGCUGCCUGUCAGUUGGAUGGGGGAUUAGAGCUGGAAGAGGAGACAGCCUUCAAGGGGGCCCUGACCUCCCAGCAACUGCCAUCUGGAUGCCCAGAAGCCGAGGAGCCAGCCAACCUGGAGAGCUUUGGAGGCGAAGACCCCAGACCUGAGCUGCCCACCACCAACGACCUGCUGAGCAGCCUGGAGGACCUGGAGCUCAGCAACCGCAGGCUGGCGGGGGAGAACGCCAAGCUCCAGCGCAGCGUGGAGACGGCUGAGGAGGGGUCUGCACGCUUGGGGGAGGAGAUCUCGGCCCUGCGCAAGCAGCUUCGCAGUACCCAGCAGGCUCUGCAGUGUGCCAAGGCUGUGGAUGAGGAGCUGGAGGACCUGAAGACUCUGGCCAAGAGCCUGGAGGAACAGAAUCGCAGCCUCCUGGCCCAGGCCCGGCAGACGGAGAAGGAGCAGCAGCAUCUGGUGGCCGAGAUGGAGACUCUGCAGGAGGAGAACGGGAAGCUACUGGCUGAGCAGAAUGGAGUCAAAAGGAGGAGUGAGGAGCUGGCCACGGAGAAGGAGGCUUUGAAGCGGCAGCUCUAUGAGUGUGAAAGCCUCAUUUGCCAACGAGAUGCUGUCCUCUCGGAGCGCACUCGCCACGUGGAGAGUCUGGCCAAGACGUUGGAGGAGUACAGAACGACGACCCAGGAACUGAGGCUGGAAAUCUCACACCUGGAGGAGCAGCUGAGUCAGACCCAUGAGGGGCCGGAUGAGCUACCGGAAGGGGCCCAGGCGAGAAGAGUGGGCUGGACCAGGCUGCUGCCCCCAUCACUGGGCGUGGAGAUCGAGGCCAUUCGGCAGAAACAAGAAGUGGCAGCCGCCACUCUCGCCAGCCCUCUGUGUGGCGUGUGGCAGUGGGAGGAGGUCAUCCUUGAGAUGGAUGAGGAAGUGGAAUUUCCGCCUGAAGCCCCAACUGGGGCACAGAGAAACUUGCAGGGAGAACCAGCGCACCCUCAGGGAGGAAGGAAGGAGCGAUCGAUGUGGUUGCCCAGAAGAGAAGAAGAGGAGGAAGCAGAGCCCCAGAUCACGGCCAAUCUCCCCAGCCCUCUGGGGGACCCUCACCCUGAAGACGUUCCAGGAAGCCCUCCUCAGAGCCCAGCCGAGCCCGAGCCGAGGCAAGCCCUGGUGCCUGUGCGGAAAGAGCUGGUCCCAGUCAGGAGGCCUGUCUCGGGCCAGCUCUGCCUGCCCCCGCUGCAGCCCCAGCCGUUCAGGGUCGCUCGGCCCCCGCUGGCCCCGGCACCCCUCCUGGGCCUGCUGCUGCUCCUGCUGUUCUCCCUCCUGCUCCUGGGCCGGUCCCCGCCCCCCACCUGGCCCCACCUCCAGCUCUGCUACCUCCAGCCGCCGCCUGUGUGAGCCGCUCAGAGCAAGGUCUAGUCAGAGAAUUCCCCGGGAAUCCUACUGUUAUUACCACUGUUGUGCCACCUCGAGCUGGGGGGACCCCAGUACGGGGA